AGUAGCAUAUCAAGGACGAAACAUGGCGGCGCCGUCUAAGAAAGUUUUCGAGGUGUUCGUGUCUAAAAUACCAUGGACUGUAGCCAAGAAGGAGAUGAGGGAUUACUUCACACAGUUUGGCUCAGUGAAGAAGUGUUUUCUACCAUUUGAUAAGGAGACAGGUUUCCACAGAGGCUUCUGCUGGAUUGGAUUUACAACAGAGGAGGGACUAAACAAUGCACUUCAGAAAGAUCCACACGUUCUGGAGGGAGCCAAGCUCCAGGUUCAGAGGAACAGACGUCCGUUUGCAGGGCAGAAGUCAAACAAAGACUCUGAACAUGACUAAAGCUCUAUUACUGUGAUGACACAGACACAGAUGUGCUAUUAAUAUUCUCAGAUGUUCUCUGAAAUUCGGAAUGCUUACAAUUCUGUUCAGGCCAAAACUUAGAUCAUUACCGCUGGUUUGGUGUACAUAUUUCCAUUCGAAAGUCUCUGUGUGACCAGAGCAUGCUCAUUUGCUGUUCAUUUUGUACACCAUCAGUAAAUUUGGGCCAGAGAAUUAUUGUCAUUGUUUUAAUGUUUUGUCCAGUAAAAAUGACUUUAUUUAUUGUCAGUAAUAGUUGUACUUCCUGUAACCAUCCUGUCACACACCAUCAACAUUAUAUAGCAGGUUAAUGCUAAUUUUAUAAAACAUCAUUCACUCAUUUCCAGUGUAUGGAAAUAAAAGCUGUCUUUAAUUCA